AUGACCUUAUCGUCAACGGAAGGACCUCAACCCAUCGACGCCGAACCCGUCUCUCCUCACAAGGACGCCGAUCUCGAGAAACUGCAGCUCGAGGAACAAGUAGCAGUGAAGAAAGGCUCGGUAAUCAAGGGACUAGGAUGGCUGGACCGCUUUCUUGCGGUGUGGAUCCUUCUUGCUAUGAUUAUCGGUGUCCUUCUGGGAAAUUUUGUCGAAGAAACAGGGCCAGCGCUCCAGAAGGGCAAGUUCGUUGGCGUGUCAAUCCCGAUAGCUGUGGGUUUGCUCGUCAUGAUGUAUCCGAUUCUUUGUAAAGUCCGCUACGAGACAUUGCACCGUCUCUUUCGAACUCGCGCUCUCUGGAUUCAAAUUGGCUUCAGUAUAUUUAUGAACUGGAUUGUCGCCCCACUCCUCAUGCUCGGUCUUGCGUGGGCGUUCUUACCCGACAGAAGCGACUUGCGAACAGGACUGGUUUUGGUUGGUCUGGCGAGAUGCAUCGCCAUGGUUCUAAUCUGGAACGGACUUGCAGGUGGCGACGAUGAAUACUGUGCCAUUUUAGUGGCAGUCAACUCCAUUCUGCAGAUGAUACUCUACGCUCCGCUCGCCAUCCUUUUCAUCAAGGUCAUCAGCCGCGAAACUGGGACCGUCGCCGUCUCCUAUGAGCAAGUUGCAACAAGCGUUGCAGUCUUCCUCGGCAUCCCCUUAGGUGCUGCAAUCUUGACGCGUCUCAUACUGCGGAAGCUGGUUGGCGCAGAGUGGUACGAAAGGGUGUUCCUGAAGUGGCUGGCUCCGUGGUCACUCAUCGGCCUUCUCUACACCAUCCUCGUUCUCUUCGCCUCUCAAGGUCGCCAAGUGGUCCACCAGAUCGUCUCCGUCGUUCGAGUCGCCGCACCACUCAUUGUGUACUUCAUUGUCAUCUUCUUCUUCACGCUGUGGAUAUGCAACAAGCUGGGAUAUGGAUACAGGAUGGGGGCAACCCAAAGCUUCACAGCUGCAAGCAACAACUUUGAGCUCGCAAUCGCUGUCGCUGUUGCCACGUAUGGUCCUGACAGCGACCAGGCACUUGCUGCUACGGUCGGGCCUCUCAUCGAGGUACCUGUAUUGAUCGGGUUAGUCUAUCUAGUAAGGUGGAUGGGUAGUAGAUGGGCCUGGAAGAGUAUUUAG